AUGGGUGCGACGAAGCGUCUCCUCGCCGGGAGCGAAAAAAAAAAAAAAAAAAAAAAAAACAGUCCCAGCAAGAAGCAGAAGGUCAAGGAACCUGCCGAGGGCGACGACGAGGCGGCGGCGCUGAAGAAGCAGAGGAAGAAGGAGAAGAAGGCGGCCAAGGCGGCCAAGGAGGCCAAGGAGGGCGGCGGCGAAGACAAGGACGAGAAGAAGAAGCGCAAGGAGGAGAAGCGCGAGAAGAAGCGGCUCAGGGAAGAAGCGGAGAAGGCUGCCGCCGCUGGCGAGGAUGCCCCCAUGGCCGAUGUCGACGCCGACGCCGAGACGAAGCCCAAGAAGGAGAAGAAGGACAAGAAGGAAAAGAAGGACAAGAAGGAGAAGAAGGUCAUGUCACAGAACGGCGCCGCUGUCGCGAGCGCCUCGUACACACAGUCGGCGGCCCUGACGGCGCUGCCCCAGGCCGACAUUGACGCCUACUUGGCCGAGCAGUCGAUUGUCAUCGGCGAUGACAAGUCGACCAACCUGCGUCCCGUCCUCGCCUUCGACCAGCUGCCCGUCACCGACCUCCUCGCCAAGUCGCCGUUUGCCGCCUACACCAAGCCGACGCCCAUCCAGGCGGCCUCGUGGCCGUUUACGCUGUCGGGUCGUGACGCCAUUGGCGUGGCCGAGACGGGGUCCGGCAAGACCAUGGCUUUCGCGCUGCCGCUCGUCGAGUCGAUCAGCAAGAUGAAGAAGCGCUGCAUCAAGGCCGUCGUCGUGUCGCCGACGCGCGAGCUCGCCAUGCAGACGCACGAGCAGACGGCCCAGCUGGCGGCCCACCUCGGCCUCAAGAGCGUGUGCGUCUACGGCGGCGCCUCCAAGGACGAGCAGCGCGCGCUGCUGCAGCGCGGCGCCGACAUCAUCGUCGCGACGCCGGGCCGCCUCAAGGACUUCAUGUCCGACGGCACCGUCGACCUGUCGCACAGCCGGUUCGCCGUGCUCGACGAGGCCGACCGCAUGCUCGACAAGGGCUUCGAGGACGACAUCAAGGCCAUCCUCGGCGCUAUGCCAGCGCGCGAGGACCGCCAGACGCUCAUGUUCACGGCGACGUGGCCCGCGUCGGUGCGCCUGCUCGCCUCGAGCUUCAUGGUCGACCCCGUCAAGAUCACCAUCGGCUCGGGCGGCAAGGAGACGGCGAGCGGCUCGGUCGAGCUGCAGGCCAACACGCGCAUCACGCAGCGCGUCGAGGUCGUCGACGGCCGCGACAAGGAGCAGCGCCUGCUGCAGAUCCUGCGCCAGUACCAGGCCGGCCAGGGCCGCCACGACCGCAUCCUCGUCUUCUGCCUCUACAAGAAGGAGGCCACGCGCGUCGAGGGCUUCCUCCAGCAGCGCGGCAUCCACGUCUGCGGCAUCCACGGCGACCUGCGCCAGGACCAGCGCACCCGCAGCCUCGAGGCCUUCAAGUCCGGCUCCACCUCGGUCAUGGUCGCCACCGACGUCGCCGCCCGCGGCCUCGACAUUCCCGAGGUCAAGCUCGUCGUCAACGUCACCUUCCCGCUGACCAUUGAGGACUACGUCCACCGCAUCGGCCGCACCGGACGCGCCGGCAAGACGGGCGAGGCCAUUACCCUCUUUACCGUCCAGGACAAGGCCCACUCUGGCUCGUACGUCUUUUUUUUUUUUUCCUUUCUUUCUUCCUCAGCACUACGGAUAGUCAUGGAUAUCUCGCUAACCCUGCUUUAG